AGCAGGCUUGUACGGAGAGACGAGGGCUGAUCCCUUUCGCCUCCGCUCAGCACGCCGAAACCCUACAUUCCGCACCAUGGCUGCCACGGACGUUGACGUAUUUUCGAACGAAGAGAAGCGUAACCUCAGCUUGGGCGGCCAUGUUGGAUUUGACAGCCUUCCUGACCAGCUGGUCAGUAAAUCGGUCACACAGGGUUUUUGCUUCAACAUUCUGUGUGUAGGCGAGACUGGUAUUGGUAAAUCAACAUUAAUGAACACACUCUUCAACACUACGUUUGAGAAUGAAGAGGCCAGCCAUUACCAGAACGGCGUGUAUUUACGGCCGCGAACUUACGAUUUGCAAGAAAGCAACGUCCAUCUCAAGCUAACAAUUGUAGACACUGUUGGCUUUGGAGACCAAAUCAACAAAGACGACAGGAUUUAAAUGGGAGGAGUUUGG